GCUCCCGGAGGCCUGGUCGGGUCGCGGCCCACCGGGGGCUGGGGGAGAAGUGGGGCGGCGAAGGGAACGGGGACCAGUCCCGGGCCUCGGGGGCCGCAGGCUUAAACUUAUCAUUCCUUCAAGAUAAUGGAUACUCAAAUGAAAUUCACUAUGGGUUUAGAGGACAGAUGGCAUUCAUGUAUGUGGCACUCCUCUGGGCAUCCCAGAUUCUGAAGAAACCCAGAGACAUCUUGCAGGGAGGUAAAUUGCAUGACAGUAAUUGGUCACCCUGGCACUUUUAGGGGCACAUCAGUAAUGAUCACUCUCAGACUCUGCCACAGCACUGCUGAUGGUUCUUUAGAACUCAGGAUUCACGCUGCAGUGCUGCUACCUGAGAACUGACACUGGCUGGAAACUCUGAGGCAAUGACAGGGACCCCCCAAGGCCCACAGGACAUGGCCUACCAACUAAGUUAAAGGCGCGGCGGAGAGAAUGCGGAGUGACGAGCUGACGGCGCCCAUGGACGACACCGGCGGGCCGGACGACGCGGCGGCGCUUGGCGGCCCGUGCCCCGGCCUGGCCCCGGCCCCUCCCGGCCGCCUGGGGGCGCCAUACUGCGAGGCCUGGGGCUACUUUCAUCUGGCCCCCGCGCGCCCGGGCCACGCCGCGGGCCAGUGGGCCACCUGCCGGCUGUGCGGGGAGCAGGUGAGCCGCGGCCCGGGCUUCCACGCGGGCACCCCGGCGCUGUGGAGGCACCUCAAGAGCGCGCACCGGCGGGAGCUGGAGAAGAGCUCCGCCCGCCGCUCGCCGCCCGGCCCCCCCUGCCCGCCGCAGCCGCAGCAGCCGCAGCAGCCGCCGCCCGGGCCCGCCGUGGCCGCCGUGGCGGCCGUGGCCGCCGAGGGCGACUGGGCGCGCCUGCUGGAGCAGAUGGGCGCGCUGGCCGUGCGCUGCAGCCUGCGUGAGCGCGAGCUGGCGCGGCGCGAGGCGGCGGUGGAGCAGGGCGAGCGCGCCCUGGAGCGGAGGCGCAGGGCCCUGCAGGAGGAGGAACGCGCGGCGGCCCAGGCGCGGCGGGAGCUGCAGGCCGAGAGGGAGGCGCUGCAGGCGCGGCUGCGGGAAGUGAGCCGCCGCGAAGGCGCCUUGGCCGCCGCCUCUGCCCCGCCGCAGACUCCGCUCAAAGAAGAGCCCGAGGGGGAGAGGGACGAUUUCAUAAUCACCAAGGUCCUCUUGUAGGCUGUGGCCGCUUUGCGACCCCAGUCCCUCCCAUGCCAGCGCUACUCCAGGUGUGGUCCGCGGACCGGCCUCACCUGGGAACUGAAUCUCAGGCCCGCCGACAUCUCCAAAUGUGGUCCCUUGAGAAGCGCUUCGGAACAAAGCGGAACCAAAAAUCACUUAACGCUCCGUGGCCCCCCCAGGGUGCCUGGGAGCACAAGCUCCGGUGGCCUCCUUUGCUGUUGGCCUUUAGGAGCUGGUUUUCUUCCAACCGCCUUUGGAAUGACAGCUCGAGCAACUUGGUGAGACUAGGUCACCCGGAGUCUCGUACCCGGUGACUUUGAAAGGACAGAAACUUGUGUACCAAAGACUAUCAUACUACGUGUCUGUACACCAGCCAGGGCAACCCAGGGUGGAGGGGGCUUGGAAAUGAGGAUAAAGCGUUUUAUCCAAGAAGAGUUUUACUCCUUUCCCAAUGAAUACGUCUUUGGUAAUUGGUUUGCCCAGCACGAAGUUCUGAAAAGGGGGCCACUUAGCUUCCACAACGGCUCUUUACCCUGUCCUCUCUAGUGCCUCAUUGGCGCAGUCUGGGCGAACCCCUGUGUAGUCCCCUCCCAGCUUGCAGACCGUACCAAGUGCACCCUGUCUCACCCCAGCUGUUUUCUUUCCGUUUCACGCCCAGUGUCAGAUGUAGUGAGUUUCCCCACUUUCCCACCUCACACUCCCUUACUAGCAAAACAUAACCUCCUCCCUCGUUAGGAAGGGAACUUUGGUUUCCCACAUCUCCACAAUCCUCGCUUCCGGGCCACAGUAGAAGGAAGGCAUCCCUCCCAUCUGAGGCCACCUCUGCCUCUUUUUCUGUUCCCAUCCAUUCCUCUUCCACCGUUACUGGACCUUUGCUCCAUUACUGUUUCUCCUUUCUUCUGACUUAAUUCCCUCCCUUCCCCAGACUACUCUUCCUCAGCAACACCCAGUCUGCCCUUGUACUAAAAAGAAAGACUUGCCCAGCCUGGCUGCCCCCACUGAACACUAACCAAGGGGGGCCGUUAUCCCUGUUGCCUGUACUUCCUCCCAUACGUGAAUUCUUCACUAGUGGUCAGCUUCCCAUCCUACCCUGGACCCCUAAGAGCUGAAUAUGAUGAUUUAUUUUCAGCCUUCAUCCUGCUAGUACAAUGAACACCCACAUACACCCUCCACCUAGACUGAGCAAUUGUUAAUAUUCUGCCUUAUUUACUUUUUUGGCCCUCUGCCCCAAACAUGCAUCGCAUUUCAUCCAGAAGUAUUUCACCAUAUAUAUCUCCUAAUAGCCUCUAAAAUAGUCCUUAAUCAAAAUUCCCCAAUUGUCUCAGAAAUGUCUUAUCUUUUCUAAAACAAACCAGGGUCCAAUCAAAGUUCAUUCAUUACUUUUUGAUUAUAACUUUGUCUCUUUUAGUCUAGAACAGCUCCCUUGUUAUUUUUUUUUCCAUGACAUUUUUGAGAGUCCCAGUCAUCUGCCUUAUAGAAUGUCCUUUAUUCUGGGUUUGUCUGAUUGUUUGCUUAAGCCAGUUUAUGCGCUCAUUCUUGGCUCAUCUACCUCUGUGCCAGUGACUCUUGGCUAACUCCAGCCUCGAGUGUUCUUCCCAGUUCAGUGCUUCAUGUCCAACCCCCUGCUGCAUGUCUCCCCCUCUGCUUGUAUAUCCUGCCACUGCUGAGGAAAGGGCAAAUCCCACAUUCCCACCCCUUACCCAAGAACUAACAUUUACUGGGCUCUUAAAAUGUACAGGUACAUACUGCACACUGCAUGCAUUAUGUCACUUUAUUCUCAUAGCAGCUCCCUGAGGAGAUAUUAAUACUAUGCCCAUUUACAGCUAAGGAAACUGAGAUACAGAGGCGUUAAGUAGCUUCUACAAGAUCACAGCUGGUAAGUAGCAUUGAGAUCCAAAUCCAGUCUCUACCUCCAGAUGCGCUGUUCCUAGCUGCUGUACUGUCUCCCUUGCUAGUCACUGAGCUGAUACCAAGUUUCCUCCCUCUCAUUCCAGGUAAUAUGUCGGUGACAUUAACAUGCACUGAGCAUUUGCCAUGUGCCAGAGCUGUGCUGAGCUUACAAGAAUAACUGCCUACCAUGCAGCAACCCUAUGACAUAUGCCCAUUUUGCAGAGGAAGAGACAGGCUCGGGGAGCUAAGUAAUGUUGAGGCAGAGUGGGAUUUGAACUCAUGUCACUGAAUCCUAGGUUCCUAUUUCCACAAAGUGCCACACCUGUCUUCCUUCUCAUGCCACCUGUCAACCUCAGGCCUCAUUUAUCAUUCAUCUAGGGUUCCUCUUCCCAUCCUUGUCUUCCCCAACUGUCCCCUUCCUUACACUCAACUUGACCAAAGGAACUGUUCUAAGCCAACACUGAUUAUAUCACAGUUCCUGCUCAAAGGCCCCCCAAGAUCACCCAUCAUCAAUAAGCUUCGAUUUUGUAGCCUGACAUCCAAGUGCCCCCACCCUGCUGCCAGUCUUACCUGCCCCUCCCCUACCUAUGCUAUAUGCUCCAGCCCCGCUGGACUCCUUGUUCCUCCCGACAUGUCCUCAUUUUGGCUCCUCCAUGCCUGUUUGCCUUCCCUCUACUUAAAAGGCCCCUUCAAUCUCUGAGUAUGAAGAAUUCCACCCAUUUUCAAAGACCAAGCUCAAAUUCAACUGCUUGCAUGAAGUCUUCCUUCAUUACUCCUUAUUUAGAGAUGAUUUUUUACUUCUCUGGACUCCUUAGCAUUUUAUAAUCUCGUAACACCUCGAACAGGCCAUCUGGCAUAUGGCUCUAUGGGUUCUUGCCUUCCCUCUCCUGCCAGACCUGAGCCCUUGGGUUAGCCUCCUAUUCCCACAGUGCUUUGUAUAUAACAGCUGCCCAAUAAAUAAAUUUGAAGCAUUGAACUCAGUGUUUUGAAGGUUUUACAAGUUAGUUUUCCCACAGUUACUAAUAUAAUUAUUCAUUUAUCUUUAAUUCUGAAUAGAAUUCAUAGCAGAAAAAAAAAGCCUAGAAAGAAAUAGCAGUAAUAAUUUAAGCUGUUUAGUCAAUAAAGAUUUAGUAAGUAUGCAUUAUUGCGCUGUUUGGUUUGAAUCCAAAUUAGUGUAUCACUACUAGUAUGUCAUUAUCAGGAAUGUUUUUCUUAAAAUGUUUUUCAUUACACAAGUAACACAAAUGCAAUGCCCCAAUCUAGGAAGAAAUCAGAACAUCCCUCAAAUUCCUGUCAUCAAUAAAACUUCUACAAACAUUUUAAUGUAUUUUAUUCUUUUGUCUUUCACAAUCUUCACAUUAUCCUAAAAAUAGUAUGUUAUUUCUGUAAGUACUGAAAUAUAACUUCUUCAUGUGGAUGUGUAACUUGGGCUAUAAGAGGAAUUUGAACUUUUUAGAAGAAAUCUUCUGCAAAUGUUACUCUUCUAUUUCACCAACUGUUGGAACUAUUAAUACCAGCAAAGACUGACUUUUAGAAUCACAAUUGCUUCCUCAAGAAAGGUAAAUACUGGGAGCACCAACAGCCUGUUCAGGGGCCUGACUAGUAACUUACUGCUGGCUGUGGGAGUUAAGCAAAGAGAUUUUACUUUCUGCUUUAUAUACUUCUGUACUGUUGUACUUUUUUAUACCAAGCAUGAAUUACUUUUAUAAUCAAAAAUAAAAUUUACAU